CCGCCAUGACGCUCUUCAGGCCGGGUGCUGCUUAUAUAUUAUUUCGAUUUUCUGCCUUUCCACCAGUCUACAGAGCACAUAGCCAUGAAGCUGUGGCACAGACAGACUACACAGACACCCCACAGUACCCAGAAAUCAUGGAUACCUCGCGGAAAGCCGUCAAAAUGAGGAAAAAAGCCGAGUGGCACGAGAAGAUCGAGUGUCUACCGACGGUGGAGCAGAAGAUGAUGGAACUUAACAUGCCUAAAUAUUACGGUUAUUGGUCAUGUCACCUUAAUGACGUGAGGCCAACACUCCUGGGGGUCGACUUUGUGCAAUAUGCCACCAGGUCACACGUGGUCAAGGGUCUACCAGGACAAUAUUACACACAAGUAGAGGCACAAGCUGAUAUAUUGACCCCCAAAAUACAAGAUAAAAUUCAACAUCUCAUUGAUCUUAAUUUUAACUGCAAAUUAAACAGGAAAAAUUUUGCCUCGGAUCUUGCAGCCGAACGUCACAGAAUAAAGAACUUCUUGCUUGGGUUACAUAGAGUUAUGGUAUCAUCACUGGAAUCAUCUGUGCAACACAUUAAAGAGUCUAUGGUAGAUGUACAGCCACGUGUUGAAGCUUUCUGGAUACUUGGAGGCAUUCCACCAGAUAAAAUGUUAAGGAAGAUACGUAGAAAUUACAAAUUGACCAAAGACACCGAACAUGAUUUAAUGGACAGGCCCGUACAGGGUAAAAGUACACCAUGCCUGGGAGUUCGUGUGACCAACGGUCUUCCAGAAGUGGUGGGUCGAGAUGAUCCUCUGGCCACGUCUAGUUUUGAACCCAAAAGUAUACUGGACCCCCGUUCUUAUGGUUUUCGAUUUUCCCAUAAACAUGCUGUAACAGUACCAGGAUUUUGGCAAGGAGGAACCAAAGAACACAGCCAGCUUUGGCUGCACUCCCGUGAGAUGGUCCACAGGUUCACACAAAUUUUUGGUGCACACCAUCUUGAUACAGCCUCAUUGCAGAAGAUACUCGUUUCAUCGUUCACUCAGGCUCUUGCUCUUGCUACUCACCUUGGGUUUGGUCCAGUAACAGAGCUCACAUACCCAUUAGUUCAGCAGUCUGUACUUACUGAUGGUCAGCGAUGGCAGUUCAGUGUAUAUCAGCUUAAUACCUGCUCUUUACACUCUGAUCGUGCUAUAUCUAAUCCUCACAAUAAUAUCCUCUGGCUUGGUGAAGAGCAGACACUGUUUGAAGCAGUAGACGACACCGGUGUUAAGGGCUUUAACCCUGAAGUACUUAAAACUCUGAUAUCCCUGUACCUCAAGAAGGGCGUCGAGAGAGAGAACCCAACGCCUUACAUCGGGCCAUGCAAGCAUUUGGGAAAUCACCCAGCAUCUGAAGAAUACCGUGAGGCAUUCCAUCAGUAUCUGCACUGCCUCUUUUCUGGUCGUCCACGUAACCUCCUCAAGCCUGAGAUGUAUCUCUGGGAAAAAAUAUACAAGGUGGACUUCAAAACUCGCCCUUUUGAGCCUCCAAGACGCUUCUUUGAAGAUCAUUAUAACAAGAAGGAUCCUGGUUGCCGUCGCCUGGACGACUACAGCCCAAUCUAUAUUCCGAAGGCUCUUAGAAACACAAAGGUGAAGCAGUUCCGGUAUAAGCCCAAGUUAGAUUCAGAACAUCUUUUUAAGUAUGAUUAAAUAUGCACAAGUAUUUUCUGUUAGAGUUGUCAUACUGUUGUCUGUUUAAUGAAACUUGAAACACUUAUUGCCCAAAGAAAUUCAGUUUAUCACAGUAAUUAAACUGAUAUUAGUACUUGAGUAAAAAUUUAUUAUUAUUCUUUAUUUUUUAUUUAUUUUUUUUCAACAAGUCAGCCGUCUAUAUACUAAUAGUGAAGUAAAGUUCAGUAUGCACCUUAGUAUUGGUAUAGUCGUCAACAUAUGUUUUUGAAUAAAUUUCUUGCAUUCGCUGAUAAAUUAAAGAAAUGGCUCUAUGUAAGACUCAUUGUUGGUAGUGUAAUGAACAAUAUUCAGUGGGAACAAAGAAGCCUGCUUGAAGGUAUAAAUAAAAAGGGGAAAAAACUUUGGUUACUUCCUCAUGUGUUCUUCAAGUGGGUUUCUCUAUUCCCUUUGUAACAUACCUUGAACCUUACUGAUUGGAAUAUUGAUUGUACAUUGUUCGUUAGUUUUGGUAAUAAAAGUAUUUGAUCAUUAA